AUGGCGGGAUUCCGCGAUAGGGAAAAACAAUUUUUCCCACUUCAAAAUGUUCAAGAUGUUGUAAAAUUGUUUCGGGAUCAAUUGACAUGUGGCGAGGAGCCUAAUUUAUCACUGCUGUCAAUCAUUCUUGGAGUCAUCGAAAAUAUUUUGACUGUCAAUCGGGCAGUACCAACUGAAGUGGACAAUUCCUCGAAUCUGGAGCCGAUAUUCCCGGUUGUCGAACUACAUACAAUCGAAGCCCUUUAUUCCAAGUUUGAGACACAUAUCAAACGAUCUGUCGAUUUGACAAAGUUCCCAGGUCCCCAUGCUACAAGAGAGCUUGUAAAACACGUUUCAGACGUCAUAUGGGGUUCCCUUACACGAAGUUUUUACAAGGACAAGGCGCAUUUACAAUCGUUGUACAGCUUUUUAACGGGUAACAAGUUGGACUGUUUCGGUGUAGCCUUUGGCGUUGUUGCAGCUUUUCAGAUCCUGAGAUACAAGGGACGUCCAUCUCGCUCUCUCUGA